AUGAAGAUUAUCUUGGAUCUCCUUCUGCUUCUGCUCAUCAUUGUUUAUUCCUACUUGGAAUCACUGCUGAAGGUCUUCAUUCCCAGGAGGAGAAAAUCUGUGGCUGGGGAGAUUGUUCUCAUUACAGGAGCCGGGCAUGGAAUAGGCAGGCAAACUGCCUAUGAAUUUGCACAACGGAAGAGCAGACUGGUUCUGUGGGAUAUUAAUAAGCAUGGUGUUGAGGAAACUGCAGCAGAAUGCAGAAAACUAGGGGCCACUACACACGUGUUUGUGGUAGACUGCAGUAACAGGGAAGAGAUUUACAGCUCUGUAGACCAGGUAAAGAAAGAAGUUGGUGAUGUAACCAUCGUGGUGAAUAAUGCUGGGGUGAUAUAUCCAGCUGACCUUCUUAGUACAAAGGAUGAGGAGAUCACCAAAACUUUUGAGAUCAACAUCUUAGGACAUUUUUGGAUUACAAAAGCACUUCUUCCAUCAAUGAUAAGGAGAAACCAUGGCCACAUUGUCACGGUGGCUUCAGUGUGCGGCCACGGAGUGAUUCCUUAUCUUAUUCCAUAUUGUUCCAGCAAAUUUGCUGCUGUUGGUUUCCACCGAGCCCUGACAUCAGAACUGGAAGCCUUGGGAAAAACUGGUAUCAAAACUUCAUGUCUCUGCCCAGUUUUUGUGAAUACUGGAUUCACCAAAAACCCAAGUACAAGAAUAUGGCCUGUGUUGGAGACAGAAGAAGUUGUAAGAAGCUUGAUAGAUGGAAUACUUACCGAUAAGAAAAUGAUUUUUGUUCCAUCAUAUAUCAAUAUCUCCUUAGCAAUAGAGAGAUUUCUCCCUGAACGUGCCUUGGCAGCCAUAAAUCGCGUACAGGAUAUUCAAUUUGAAGCAGUGAUUGGCCACAAAAUCAAAAUGAAAUGA